AUGAAGCCGACCUUCCUGCUAGGCCACACACUCGAGUUGCUCACCCUCUGGAACGAUCAUUAUCGCAAUCACCCCGACCCAGACGUCUCGACGCUUUCUCGUGCCCAGGAAGAACGCCUGCGGAGAGUGACGUUGCGUGCGGACGAACAGCAGGAGAUGUACAGGUCCAUCAUCAAUACGUGUUUCGAAGUGGACAUCCACUGGUCACUCUGGCACGGUUCUUCGGAAACGUUCUGGUUGAAGAUGCAGACAUAUUUCCCGGGCCAGUUCUCCGACCAGUCCGACGACCCCGAUGCGCUUGCAGCUGAAGUGGAGAGACUGAGCCAGAUGCACACCUACAACUAUGAUCUAUCCGAAGAGGAGCGACACGACACUCGGGGCACGGGCCUUCGCUGCGCCAAGUUCGCGUACGAUGCAGCGAAGUACAUGGAAGAUCCAGCAGCAUACUGUGCUCAAGUCGGGGUCCCGUGCAUACUACCAUAG